UCUCUUUCUGCCACUUCUCCUAGCUCCGCUGACUUGUUGGCCCUCAGUUCCUCUCCAGGCUGAAGCUGAAGGCAGAAAGUAACGAAACAAAGGGGCAAGCGCCUUGGGAAGCUUCUUGCAUUCUUCCUCUCCCCCCACCGACCAGAAGAUGGGGAAGAGCUGCAAAGUGGUAGUAUGUGGGCAAGCGUCCGUUGGGAAGACCUCUAUCCUGGAGCAGCUCCUCUAUGGGAAUCAUGUGGUCGGUUCAGAGAUGAUCGAAACCCAAGAGGACAUUUACGUGGGCUCCAUCGAGACGGACCGGGGCGUGCGGGAGCUGGUGCGCUUCUAUGACACCCGAGGCUUGAGGGAUGGGCUGGAGCUGCCCAAGCACUGCUUCUCCUGCACUGAUGGAUACGUGCUGGUUUACAGCAUUGACAGCAAGGAGUCCUUCAAGAGGGUGGAGAUUCUGAAGAAGGAGAUAGACAAGAGCAAGGAUAAAAAGGAGGUCACCAUCGUGGUCUUAGGCAACAAGUGCGACUUGCAGGAGCAGAGACGCGUGGACCACGACGCAGUGCAGCACUGGGCCAAGGCCGAGAAAGUGAAGCUGUGGGAAAUCUCCGUCGCCGACCGCAGGACCCUCAUCGAGCCUUUUGUCUACCUUGCUAGCAAGAUGACGCAGCCGCAGAGCAAGUCCGCCUUUCCGCUCAGCCGCAAGAACAAGAGCAGUGGUUCCGUGGACGGGUGAAAGAUUCGGGUGCUGUGCCCGCUGUAUCUCGUGGACCUGCAUGCGCAUAGGGCUGGCCUUACUUUGAGCCAAUGUGAAAAGGGGAACACCCAGUAGCAGAUUCCUGAUGAGUCACUGCUUUCCUUCCUCUCUUUGCAUGUUUCCCCCUCUUUUUUUAAAA